GGCCUCCGAGUGUCAGUGCGGUGUUCGCCUGCCGUAACCAGAAGGACAUCGUGACGGCGUCGCUCGGGCCCUGCUCGAGCCGACGCUGGCGCCGGACACGACUCAGUCGCCGAUGCGUCACACGACGAUGCGACGCACGACCGACGGAGCGACGACGCGCGACGGUGCGACGCGCGACGACGGUUACCUGACGACCGGAGCGCCACCGCUGACGACGGCUGCGGCGACGGACGAGCCCGAGAGAGAAGGUCUCAUCGGAUCCGUGUGCUUCAGCAAAUACGAAUGCCGAGUUCCGCUCGCUGACUGCUACCAGGGGCGCUGCCGCUGCCCGAAGCACUACGCUCCCAGCUCUAACAAGGAUGUUUGCAUCGCCGCGUCUGCUGGUAUAGCGAAAGGCGACUCUGUCUGUGGCGGCGACUCCUGCCAUCGUGGCGCCACCUGCAUGAACGUUAACGCCGAGCACUUCAAAUGCAUAUGUCCGAUUGGCAGAGGUGGUGCCACCUGCGACGAAGACCAUUCAUACAAUAUCCCAGCAUUUAGUGGCACUUCGUGGAUGAGGUUCAAGCACAUGAUGGCACAUAGUCAGGUUACCAUUGAGAUAGAAUUCAAGCCGCUGUACGAAGAUGGAAUCAUUAUCUACAAUGGUCAGUCCGUGGAUGGCAAGGGAGACUUCAUAUCGCUUGCCAUCCGAUCGGGAUAUUUGGAGUACAGGUUCGACUGGGCGACGGAGCCGUCGUCAUCAAGUCGGAAACCCCGCAUCGAGCUGCGGCGUUUCUACUUCGUCACGCUGAGCCGCUUCAACCAGGAUGGUCGCAUGAAGAUAGAGGGCGUGGGGAGGUGA